AUGAACCUAUUCAAUAUCCUUGACACAACCGAUCCCGACUUCGUAAACGCCUUCGAUUAUACCCGAACCUUCAUCGGUUUGGAAUUCAUGUGCAAUGCUGGCUUUGAAGAAGUUGUAAACCAAUGGUCUUGCCUUUCUGGAAUACAGACUACUCUCGCAUAUCAAAAUUGCAUGAACAAAUUCACCUAUAACGUCGCUCCGUCCAACUUCUGCAGUCUGGUCGACGACACUGGAAAAUGUCUCAACGAUGCCUAUCUCAACGCCUGUGCGGAUAAAGGGGCUGGUUGGUUUGGUUGCGAAAACUUCCGCUUCACAUUCGAUCAGACUUGCUGGGGACUGCGCUGUGACGUCACACAGAACUGA